UUUCUCAACUGUCUUCCUCGUUCCACGAACAAAUCCAUCUCCGGCGAUCCGCCAUGGCCGCCGCCGGCGCCUUCCCCAACUGGAUGAUGCUCGAACGCUUCGUGUUCCGCAGGGACGACCCGGAGACCUUCCCCGAUGACAAGGCGGCGCCCUUGGCGGUCUCCUCCGCCAGCUCUCAGGGCGACCCCUUCCGCGUCGCCUUGCUCAUCGCCGAGCCGCCGGGCAUCUCCCGCUUCUACGUGAAGUGGCCGGGCGGCCUCGAUCCUGAGUUCUCCCCCUCGUGCGACCUCGUGACGGCUCACGGCGACACCAUCGUCUUCAAGCUCGUCUGCAGACCUGUGGCGGUGGAGGGUUCCCCCUUGCCGCAUCAACAACUGGAUUGCUUCCUUUGCAGGGCCUCCCCCUCGUCCUCAUAGCCGCUGCUUCUCAAACGGAUCCCCAUAUGUGCCCAGCCAGUGGUCAUACGUGUGAAGAAGAACGGGACGGAGAUAACCAUGCCGCGCCCGUUUCGCAGUGAAAUCCUUGGUCUCCUGCGCCGUGGCGAAGACGAGUUCGCCAUGGCGCAGCUGCAAGUACCUGGACGGGAACUGUGUGUGCUCCGCUCCCGACUGUCCAACCAUGAUCAUGAUCACAAGUGGGAGGUUUCGCAGAAUGUGCAGAUCCAGUGUGGCGAGGAUGAAUCCUCGGAUUUGUUCUACUGGGCCACCGAUGCCGUGAUCCCCUUCGGGAAAUAUCUGUGCUGGGUUGAUUACAGCAAAGGAGGUAUCGUGUUUUGCGACAUGUUUGAAGUGUUUGAAGAGAUGCCCAAGAUAUCUUACCUCCGACUGCCCAUUGAGGACCGCCCUCCGAGGUCAUUUCGACGCCCAUUUCUUGAUAGGAAGCGCAGCGUGUGCGUCGCUGAAGGUGUACUCAAGUUCAUGAAUGUUUCCCGUGAUGAUGGCGAGCUUUUGGGCCCGAUGGAACCUGGUACUGGUUUUACCAUCACCUCCCAUGUGUUGAAGAUAUCAGAGAGAGGCAACAUGGAGUGGCACAUGGAUUUCUCCAUCAGAAGUGUGGAUUUGUGGGCUUGCAAUAUCCCUGAGCGUCUCCCACGCUGUGCUCUGAUGUACCCUGUCGUGAGUAUGGACAGGCCCCAUCUGUUACACUUCCUCUUAUCCGAGUAUGAUGAGAAUUGGAUUGAGAAGGUUUCAAGGGUAACUAUUGACAUCAGUACCAACGCAGUGGUGUCUGUCCUUCCAUAUAUUGGACAAGAAGAUCAAAGUGAGGAAGAUGCUGAUAUGGUUGAACUGAGGUCCCGAUUUCUCCAGUCCUUUCUCCCCUCUGAGUUCCCCAAGUUCUUGAAUGGCACCAGGAAGAGGAAGAAUCAGGCGUGAGCCAUCACAUUCUCCAGUCUUUUCUCCCCUCUGAGUUCCCCAAGUUCUUGAAUGGCACUAGGAAGAAUCAACACUGUCCUAUGGUGGUUCUAUACUGGUAUAAGCACUAUAUAGAUGCGAUCGCAUGAUUGUGCUGUGCUACGCGAUUGAGUUUCAGUUUAUACCUUUCUUCGUCCAGAUGUCAGUGAAUGUGCUUUACUGUUGAGCUAUAUUAGUUAGGCAUUACUCAAUGCUCACAGAAGCAACUACCGUUGAAUACCAGGUCUUGAUCUAACACUGAAUCUAUAUUUGAGUUGGGUUUUAAUUGCCCGUGUUCAUUCCCUGUAGCAAUGUUUGCAUAGAGUUAAUAUUGGACCAUUUGUUUUAUGAGUAAAUUUCAAGGAACCACAUUUCUUGAGGUAAACUUUUCACAGAACCACACUUUUCGAUAAUUUUCUUGCAGAACCACACUUCUUCAGACUAAUCUUCUCAUUUUACCCAAAAUCGAUGUUUAAGUGCAUUUGACACUUUUCCUUACUGGUGGGACCCACUGUAAGGUCCAUUUCAUUUAUGCAUUUAGCUCCCACAUGUUUUCACAUUUAUUUUCUCCCCCUUCUUCUUCCUCUCCUCUGGCUGCCCCUGCUCCCCUUCAUCUCCUCCUGCUCCGGCCCCAUAAAACUGCGAUGCUGUUCCUGUUCCCGUGCUCAGGCCACAUCAACCCGACGCCGAAGCUGGGCGAGUUGCUGCACUCCCGCGGGGCGCGCGUGACCUUCAUCAACACGGAGCACAACCACGAGCGCCUGCCUGUCGCUCCGCAAGGAAGUAGCAGUCCGCCUCUACCUGAGGCUCCACGAGACGGUCCGGCUCGACCUGUCGCUCCGCAGGAGCUGCCGCGCGCCGCUCGUGGCCCUGCGUUGUGCUCAGCGGCCUCGUCAGCUUCGCGCUGGGCGUCGCGGAGGAGCUCGCCGUCCCCUCCUUCGUGCUCUGGGGCACCAGCGCCUGCGGCUUCCUCUGCACGCUGCGCCUCCGCCAGCACGGCUAUGUACGAAAAGUUACUAGUACUAGGAGUAGUUGUUAAACAAAGUAGAUUCAUUACCAUUGAUACGAUUAGUACACUUGAAUCAGCAACAUUAGCAUAGCAGCCGCCCAGGUAUAUGAGGACACGCUGGAUAUCAUUGUGGCGCUGAACUUCUUUCCAUGCAUGCGUCAUGUUCGGACUGGGAGACAGCGUUCACCCGCACGGCCGCAGCACGCGUUACCUCCGGAAUCCCAAGUUGAGACUUCCUAUUUUUUUCGUACAUAGUACAGACCGGAAGACUGGAAAAAAAUAAAUGUGAAAAUAUGGGGGGGGGGGGGCUAAAUGCAUAAAUGGGAUGGACCUGACAGUGGGCCCCACCUGUAAGGAAAAGUGUCAAAUGCGCUUAAACAUCGUUUUUGGGUAAACUGAGAAGAUUAGUCUGAAGAAGUGUGGUUUUGCGAGAAAAUUAUCAAAAAGUGUGGUUGAGAAGCUUGCCUGAAUAACUGUGGUUCCUUGAAAUUUACUCUUGUUUUAUUGACAAUACCUGACAUGAAGGACACGAAGGUUUGCGUUUGCACUGGAGUUAAUAAUAAUUAAUGAUAUAGGAAUAUGGGUUAAUUAGCACAGCUGUAGGGAAGCAGCACUUCUUUUCCUGCAAUAGACAGGUCACAUGCCAUCCUUGCUAGUUACCAGCAUUUGAGUACUUUUGAAAAUUGCACGGCUCAUUAGAAGAAGAUGGAUUAUGUUACUUGUUUAUAUCUGUACCUAGUUUUGUAUCACUCCACACACUUCAACGGCACAAAAUUAGCAUUCAAUAGAAAAAGAAAAACAGGGCAAUUUUAUGAUAUAAUUUCUUUUGUGCUAUCAAGUCCAAAUUUCAUAACUUGGACCGAGGAAAAUGUAGCAGUUAUCAGCUCAUUUAUGCUUGUAUCUUGUUGUAUAUAUUAUAUCAUUUGUUACUAUAGCCUUAAUUUGUAUCAUAUGUAUGAACAACAAUUAGUUGAAAGUUUGAACAGGUACACGACUUAUUAGCCCUCUC